CCUCCAUCUUUUGCCCCGCCUCCAUCUGAUUCCAGUACCUGGUUUUGCACCAGGCCCGGGUCCGGGGCGACGUCGGUGCUAGAUCACAGCCGCUGGGCUCUCAGGUGGUCACAGGGGCCCGGGUGCACGGAGCGCGGGCUGUGGCGCGUGGGGUUGCCGCGGGGACCGCGCGGGCUGUGCGCGGGCCUGGCGCGUGCUGGGCCGGGAGCCGCGCGGAGCUGGGGACGCCACCUGGCCAGCCCGGGGCGCUCUGGGCGGUGGCUGGAGACCCGAAUGGGCCUCCUGCGUCGCGCGCGAGACAAGGAGACUUUAAUGCAGCCUGGGGUCUUGCAACUCGGUGUGGAGACGUCUUUGUUUCCACCAUCAGAGGUUGAAGGAAUCAUUUCAGUUAUUUCUUGACUAUUGUAGAAAAGUAGAGAAAAAGGUUACACUAUGUCAGAUGAAAUCUUCAGCACUACUUUGGCAUAUACCAAGAGUCCAAAAGCUACCAAGAGAACUUCUUUUCAGGAUGAGCUGAUCAGAGCAAUCACGGCCCGCUCAGCCAGGCAGAGGAGUUCGGAAUACUCAGAUGACUUUGACAGUGACGAGAUAGUUUCUUUAGGUGAAUUUUCAGAUACCUCACCAGAUGAAAGCCUAGUUAGAAAAAAGGUUAAUGAUCUUCAUAUAUCUGAUGAGGAGGAAAAGAAUUCUCCAAGACUGUCCUUUCUGAAAACCAAGAAAGUGAACAGCGAUUUAUCCAAAGAUGAGCAGGAACCUGUUAUUCAGAACAGGGAAGAUGGACCCCCGGGUGAGCAUGAAGAUAUGAUUGGAAAUUCCUUUCCCGAAUCUCAAAACAAUGAUCAAGACGUUGGAAAAGAGAUCAUUACAAUAAAGCCUAAACCCAGGGUUCUCCCUGUCAAAAGAAGUGCAUCUUCAGGGGAAAAGAGCAGCAGUCUUGAAGCUGAUGGCCACUCGAAGCCUUCGCCUCGGCCAAGGAGCAUGUUAAAGAAGAGCAGCCACAGUGAGGAGGAGGACAGACCAGGAACUGAUAAAGAACGUUCUGUGAGCGAAGACUCUGCCCCCACACCUUUUCUUUCAACGCAGAAUGGCACGGAGUUGCAAACUGAGGAAAAAGUGUGUUCUGGAAACCUUGAUCUUGAGGACUCACUCUUACAAAGCCUGACCUCAUCUUCCCUCAAAGAAAGCCCUGGAAGUUGCGCCUCACCCGGAUCUCAGGAAAAGACAUCCGUAAAAGAUAAUGAUGGAGAAACUACUGAAGUCUGGGAUUCCUUGAUAUCAAAUGAAAAUGAAGAAAGUUCAGUUUUGGUGAAGUGUGUUACUCCUGAGCUUGAGCAGCCCCAGGAAGAUCAGGUGGCAGCUGACAACCUUGAAGAAGAAAGAGAGAAGGCUGGAUUUACAGAUGAUGACCUCACCACUGACCCACUGCUCUCCACAUCUCCGAGUGUCAUAACACCCACUGAGCUGGGAGAGCCCACCAAGAAAACAAAUGAAGACAGUAACAUGAAGAAUAAAAAGUCACCCAACAGCAGAGUGUCCAGUGCCUCUGGCAGGCUGAUGACCUCUGAGUUUUUAAAGAGAUCCGGUCCCACAAGGAGAAGUCCAUCUGCAACUACCUCUUCUCACUACUUAGGGACUUUGAAAGUCUUGGACCAGAAGCCAUCACGGAAGCAGAGCCUAGAGCCUGACAAGGCUGAUCACAUACGGGCAGCUGUUUAUCAGGAGUGGUUAGAAAAGAAAAAUGUGUAUUUACAUGAAAUGCACAGAAUAAAAAGAAUUGAAAGUGAAAACUUAAGGAUUCAAAAUGAACAGAAAAGAGCUGCUAAGAGAGAGGAAGCAUUAGCAUCGUUUGAGGCCUGGAAGGCUAUGAAAGAAAAGGAGGCAAAGAAAAUAGCUGCAAAAAAAAGACUGGAGGAGAAAAACAAGAAGAAAACGGAAGAAGAAAAUGCUGUGAGGAAAGGCGAGGCCCUGCAGGCAUUUGAAAAAUGGAAAGAGAAAAAGCUGGAGUACCUGAAAGAGAAGAGCAGGAAGGAGAAAGAAUAUGAAAGAGCAAAGAAACAGAAAGAAGAAGAAACGGUCGCUGAGAAAAAGAAAGACAGUUUAACUGCUUUUGAGAAAUGGACUGAGAAGAAGGAGGCUCUUCUCAAGCAAAAGGAAAAGGAAAAAAUAAAUGAGAGGAGAAAAGAGGAGCUGAAGAGAGCAGAGAAGAAAGACAAAGACAAACAAGCCCUCAGUGAAUAUGAGAAGUGGCUGGAAAGGAAAGAAAGGCAGGAAAGAACUGAACGGAAGCAGAAGAAGCGCCACUCUGCCCUUGACAGUGGGACACACCCUGCGUGGAGCCCUCCGAGCAGAACUGUGUCCUCAAAAGUGUUUUGACAAUUCUGCUUCUUGAUUUAUUACUUCACCAACUUUAACCAUGGAUUUCAAACCACUCAUCUCAUUAUCUGUGGUUAGAAGACUAUUUUAACUACCUGCAGGAGCUUCUACAAAGCAUGAAAGAGAUACUUUGCAGUUUAAUCCAUGGAAACAUUUAUGAAGAGUAAAGAAACUGCCUCAGACCAGAAGCUUAUCAGAUUGCUGGGACAAUCCAGAUGCAUGAAGCUUUAUCAUGCCCUGAUCAUUCCUGAUUGUGGGGUGAUCUGUGGUCAGUGUCACUGAGUUCUGCAUCUUUUUAAAGCACAUUUAUUCCCCCUAGUGAAAGGUGCCAUCUAGAUGCUGCAACCACUAGAUGCUGGAUCACUCAGUCUGUGAAAGCUUGUGCAAAUUCUAGAGUGGUGUGUGGGAAUUAAAGGUCCCUAGGGGUAUGGACGUAUCAUCUCCUCUAACUCUGGCCUUCAGCUCAGAGCAGCAGCUUCGCUGUGCAUGUUAGAGUCUCGGUUGAGGCUGCAGAACUCAGCUCAAUCACUUUAUUUAACAUCUUUGCCUUAUGGUUUAAUCUCUCCGUAUUGCCUGGGAGGCUUACCUGACAAUCACAGCCACUCCUAUAAUGGGCUCACUUCCGAAAUGCUCUUUCUAAAUCCCAUCUUACUCUGUUUUUAUUUGAUUGACACCAAAAGGCAUCAAUCUGAUGGCAGCAGUUUCCUAUAUGAUAGUUGUGAAAGUGUCAUAGGAGUUCAGGGUCAUUAUCAGCACUCUUUCUAGUUUAAAGGUAGAAAAGUAAUGAAGGCACCUGCCGCCUCCUUAACGUAAUUAGGGAGGUUAGACUUGCGUUUAGAAGCAGCUGAAUAAGAAAGUAAAUUUGUAAAAAUACUCAAGAACUUUUUUUUUUUUUUUUGACCUCUGCUUCUCCCUGUAUCAACUGGCCCCAUACUUGACUGGUCUCUUAAAACAGAGCAGUCAUUGAAAUGCUGCUGUAGGUACUAGUGCAAUGCACAGACAAUCGUUGGGAAGCAUAGUUGCUACUGUUCCCUAAGCUCUUAGUUCAUCUCUGCUGGUUCUUUACAGAUGGGAUUUGUCAACUUCGUAGCAACCAUUCAGGGUAGGUGUUAUUAGCUUUAUCACGCAGAACGAAUGUGGAGGCAUAGAAAGUCCAAACGAACUUGCCAUACAGCUAACAUGUGAAUGGGGACCAGAAGCCAGAGUAUCCCUUGUGGCUCUGACUCGCUAGUGCUUGUCACUCCCAAGGGUGUGAAGCACCAUUGGUAAGACACCCACCUUCUGGUGCCUCCAGAUGGUAGACCUCCUUACACAUAUAAAAUGAAGUGAGGAUUCAUGCAAUUUAAGCUAUUCAUCUGAUGGGUGUCAGCAAAGGCAGUAGUUUGUGUAAGACCCGCUAUGCAUUGACCUUACUGAUGUGAGCUGCUUUGUAGCAUCACUGAGCAGAUGGAACCACAUAGGAGACAUCCACAGAUGGACCUAUGGCUGGAAAUGGUCAUUGAAAGAUUAUCAGCAGUGUGCUAUCUGAAUGGGGUUCAGGACUCACAUUUGUGUGUUUUCCCACAAUACCAGCUAACCAAGUCUGCUAGAAUACAGUGAUAUGGGCUUCUUGUAUUGAAGUAAAUAGGUAGAGAGAAGAAAAAAAGUGUUUGCACAUUGUAAGAAAUGAAAAGAAAGAUCAGACAAAGGUGUACCUCUUCUUGGGAUCAGACAGCAGAGGUGUGCAUGUUGUAGAGUUAAUGCUUAAUGCGCACCUCUGCGCCCUGGUCACAACCGCAGUGCUGUGUUCAUUACUGCUCACAGUUCCUAAAUCACGAGAAAAGGAUGAUACGAGUUAGCUAACGUGAAGUCUUUGGUCUGCAGUGCUGUGUUCAUUACUGCUGACAGUUCCUAAAUCACCAGAAAAGGACAAUACGAGUUAGCUAACGUGUGAAGUCUUUGGGACAUAAGGACUCCACAAAUCUUCAUUGUCAUAGUCCCCGCAUCAUGGAUGAGGACAGUGUGGGAUGAGCAGAACAGCAUUUGUUUGGCAUACGUCUUCAGCACACAGAAGAACUCAGUCUUCUGGUCCAUCUUUGAUCUAGCAGUCAGCAAGCGCUGCCUGGAACAGGACCCUCUGUGAAGACACCUGAGUACUGAGUCCUUAAGAUUGCUUCUGAAGAGAAGGAAGCAGAGAUGUGUCCAGUGACCCAAGGUGCCAUGCCCUCAGAUGUGACUUAGGAUGAGUAUAUCUACAGAAUAAUACUACAGCAACCUGAUUCAACCUACUCGGAAGUUAUCUAAAUAAGAUUACCCCUUUUCCUGUAGUGAAAAUAAAGCAAAGCUUUGCACAGUGGGCAAGCAUCCAGCUCUGUCAUGUGGCAGUCUGAGUUCCAGACAGAAGACUCAACCUGGUAAGAGCAUCCUGAUGCAUUUGCCUAUCUAAAGAACCAGACUUCCCUGUACUUCCUUCAAAAGGACCAAAUAUUAAUACAGAUUAAUUUAUAAUAAUAAAAAUGAAACUCUAACAUGAAAGUAAGUUUCAUAAUAACAGAAAAACAAUAUUGCACAUGUCAGAAGGAGCGAGACAGUACUUUAGAUGUGGCAGAGUUAAAGCUCCCUUAAGGAAACAGAUGAAGAACAGCUUGGAGUAAUAGUGUUCCAGUUGCCUGUGUCACAUGACCAGGUGCUGCUUCGCUAGUUGUUCGAGACUGUAGAGCUGCCUGAUGUUUCCACUGUUGCCAAAAGCAUUGUAGGAGCUUGAUAGCCACGGGUGGGUGCUCUGUGGGGUGACGCAGCUGCUGCUCAGUCUGGACCAGACUCUGUUGAACAGUCUGAUGCCCCGCACCUUGGCAUUUGCCAUCCACAGGUGCCUAGUGUUAUCAUUCGGGCUGAGAGUAGGCCCUUUGCCCAUCUUCCCACAGUUGUGUCUGCUAACAUGCUUACCCCAGCAUUGCCUAGCUGUGGGUAUUGCUCCUGGAGCUGGUUGUUGUUCUGUCCUGUUUCCCUUUCCUCCCCAGCCUUCCAGCAGAACAGCUGCUCACACUGCUGUUUAAAGUAUGAGAAAAUAGUGGCCCUGCUGAAGUCCUAAGGCAUGGCCUAAGAUCAUAGAGAAAGGAGGUUUCACAGAGUGGGGGAGGGCAUGCUAGUCAAAGUCAUUCUCAAAAGUAAGAUAGUGCAGGAAGCAAAGUUGCCUAAUUUAAUCCUGAUUAUUCUUAGUUCAAUUGUACUAUGCUGAACAGCAUUUAAAAACCCACGUGUUCAUUCUACACGAAGCAGAUGUCCCUGAUUUUCCUCACUCCUAGGUACACUGACUGAUAGAAUAAUGAAGUGCCGUGUGGGUACUGACCGGGAGGCUUUCCCAAGCCCUUUUACUUUUCAAUGUCGUGCGAUACUGCUCUUAAGGAAUGCUGUGCUACAAAUAGUGGUAAUUGUAAGAGGUUAACCGGAGUAUGUGAAGUUCUUGGUGCUGAGUUUAGAGUGUCUUUUGGUAUUAUUGGGGGAGAUAUAUUUAAUGCCUGCUUGUUAGCAAUACAUUUUUUAUUUCAUACUUAAUUUAUUAAGGUUAGCCAUUUGUGGUUUGUUUUAUUGAGUGUUAUAAUUUAUUGACUGUACACCAAGUGUUAAUAAAUGUGAUGUGUGUUUAUUUCUGAGCUAAAGAUAAACUAUGUCAUACUGAUAUAUCUUUCAUUGGAAAUGAAUGGUGGACAAGAAGUGAUUUUUGAGGUAAGGUUUGGACGCAAAACUGACUUUACUGUACAGAUUGCCAGUAUGACGUAAGCACUAAGUGACUGGAAGAUGGAGAUCACAGAGGUCAACAUGUUUCCAUCUCCUGUGAUGACCCAGUUAACCCAGUAUUUCCACUCACCGUCUGUUCUCUCUGGUGAGCACGCUGCUGUCGCUGGUGGCAGGUGAAUAAGGAGGUGAAUGAAGGAGCUCCUGCUGGCUGUGCUCCUCCAGCUCUCUCACCACUCCCUCUGUCUUCUGUUAGCUAAGUGUAUAUACAUAUAUGUAUGUGUUUAUAUCAUGUAUCUGAUCAUUGAAAUAAAAAGCCACAAUUAGUAACUUA